CACACUAACACACAGCUGCACUGACAAACACCAGCCGAGUGUACUUAAAAUUGUUUUACGGAAUCCAAUGAGUGAUCUUGGCUUUUGCCUGAGUUAACCUGCAGCAGAUUGCUGUUAUGUCACUGCGCCAAUCUGUCAGGCUUUGCUGUUGACCCACUGACGUAAACACAGGCCAGCCUGAGUGUAUUUAAGUCGGCUUUCCUCGACUGCAAGAAGAGAGAUUGACGUUGAAUGAGAAGUUGUUGAGUCCACAAGGACUUGGUUUUUUGAAAAAUCUGAUACAGACAGUGUACGGGAUGAGCUCGGGAAUUAGCUGCGACAGUCUCAGCGACUCACCUAUAAGCCCGAUAAGAGUGGUGGGACUGGGACCAACAACACCCAGAAGAGGACCACCUAAAUUCAAACAGAGAAUGACAAGACAAUUCAAAAGCAAACCUCCCAAGAAGGGAGUCAAAGGAUUUGGAGAUGAGAUCCCAGGAAUGGAUGGUCUUGGCACUGACAUCACCGUGGUGUGUCCGUGGGAAGCCUUUAGCCAUCUGGAGUUGCACGAGCUCGCCCAGUAUGGUAUUAUUUGAAAUGGACGACAGGAAGAUGUGUCACCUGGACUAGUUUAGUGGACUAGACUAGUUCCACCUCUGGAUCCCAAAUAAGGGAUGCUGCAAAUAGACACUUGCACCAUUGCCUUGAAACAGUUGUACAAACGCCAACCCACCAGCCUAUGAAUGCACAAUACAUAUUGUAGUGUUCAGAUGCAGGAGAAAUUAGGUUUAUGAAGCUUUAUAGGAUGAUAUAAAGUUAUGGAAUGUGGAGCGAUGUGGAAAUUGAUUCCAGUCUGUUUGUGUUGUUUUCUACAGCACAUAACCAAAAUACUUAUUUUCAAUAUCUAUGAACUGUUUUUAUUUCUAUAUUUUGACUCUUUUUUUGUUU